AUCAAUGAAAGUCAAGCUGUGAAUUGUGGUGCUACAGCUGCAAAAGAAAUGCAACUUUAUCAAAAUUCAUAAAGUGUUAAGUGUUAACAAUUAGAAAAAAUUGUGAAAUUGCCGUAAGUGUCAAAUAGGCGCAGCAGAGCCAAAGCCAAAAAAUAAAAACGCCGAAAAAAAGCAGAAAUUGCGAAUCGCCGCGAAUCGAUAAUAGCUGGGCUUGAGGCUGAGGCUGAAGCUGUAAACAGAAACAACCCCCACUCCACAAGCUCACACACACACACAGACAGGCUACAUAAUCAGGCAAGAAGAAGCAGCAGCAGCCAUGUCUUAUCGCUUGAAGGCCACCAAAUGUCCCACGGACGAGCUGUCCUUGACGAAUCGCGCCAUUGUGAACGUCGGCGAUUUUCCCGACGAUGUCAAGUAUGCGGACAUUUCGCCCGCAGCUGGACAACACUUUAUCUUCGCACUGGAGAAGACCAUGGAGGUGCCCAGAGGCUAUGUGGGCUUCUCUCUGGUGCAGCGCAAAUGGGCGAUGCUCUCCAUUAACCAGGAGCUGGAGGUGCGACCCUAUCGAUUCGAUGCCAACUCCGAUGUCAUUACAAAUGUCUCCUUUGAAACCGAUUUUCUGCAAAAGAAGACCGUCUCGCAGGAGCCGUAUGACUCGGAUCAGAUGGCCAAGGAGUUCAUCAUGCAAUUCGCUGGCAUGGCUUUGACUGUCGGCCAGUCGCUGGUCUUCAAUUUCAAGGACAAGAAGCUGCUCGGCCUGGCCGUCAAAAUGCUGGAGGCCAUCGAUCCGAAGACCCUGGCCGAGGGCAAGGAGCCGACCACGCGCAAUGUGCGCUUCGGCCGCAUUCUGGGCAACACGACGGUGCAGUUCGAGAAGGCCGAGAACAGCUCACUGAAUCUGCAGGGCAAGUCGAAGGGCAAGGUGGUGCGCCAGUCGAUCAUCAAUCCGGAUUGGGACUUUGGCAAAAUGGGCAUCGGCGGCUUGGACAAUGAGUUCAAUGCGAUCUUUCGCCGUGCGUUCGCCUCGCGCGUCUUUCCGCCCGAGCUGGUCGAGCAGCUGGGCUGCAAGCAUGUGAAGGGCAUCCUGCUCUACGGACCGCCCGGCACGGGCAAGACUCUGAUGGCACGCCAGAUCGGCACCAUGCUGAACGCACGCGAGCCGAAGAUCGUCAACGGGCCGCAGAUACUCGACAAGUACGUGGGCGAGUCAGAGGCCAAUGUGCGACGGCUAUUCGCCGAGGCCGAGGAGGAGGAGAAGCGUCUGGGCCCCAACAGCGGGCUGCACAUCAUCAUCUUCGAUGAGAUCGACGCCAUUUGCAAGCAGCGCGGCUCCGUUGCGGGCAACAGCGGUGUCCAUGACACCGUCGUCAAUCAGCUGCUGACCAAGAUCGACGGUGUGGAUCAGCUGAACAAUAUCCUGGUAAUUGGCAUGACCAAUCGCCGGGAUAUGAUCGAUGAGGCGCUGCUGCGUCCUGGCCGGCUGGAGGUGCAAAUGGAGAUCAGUUUGCCCAACGAACAGGGACGCGUCCAAAUCCUGAAUAUACACACGAAGCGUAUGCGUGACUUCAAGAAGAUCAGCGAAGAUGUCGACUGCAAGGAGCUGGCGGCGAUAACCAAGAACUUUAGCGGCGCCGAGCUGGAGGGUCUGGUGCGUGCCGCCCAAUCGAGCGCCAUGAAUCGUCUGAUCAAGGCCGACGCGAAGGUCACUGUCGAUCCGGAGGCCAUGGAGAAAUUGAAGGUGAAUCGCGAUGAUUUCCUGCACUCGCUGGAGCACGACAUCAAGCCGGCCUUCGGCACCGCCCAGGAGAUACUCGACAAUAUGUUGGCACGCGGCGUCGUCAACUGGGGCCAGCCGGUGGCCAGUCUCCUCGAGGAUGGCAUGCUCUACGUGCAGCAGGCGAAGGCCACCGAGUCCAGCGGCCUUGUCUCGGUACUGAUUGCCGGCGCACCCAACUCGGGCAAGACCGCGCUGGCCGCCAAGCUGGCCAAGAUGUCGGACUUUCCGUUCGUGAAGGUCUGCUCGCCGGAGGACAUGGUCGGCUACACCGAGUCCGCCAAGUGUCUGCACAUACGCAAGAUUUUCGACGACGCCUAUCGCUCGACCCUCAGCUGCAUUGUCGUCGACAAUGUGGAGCGUCUGCUCGACUAUGGACCCAUCGGCCCGAGAUACUCCAAUCUUACGCUGCAGGCAUUGCUGGUGCUGCUCAAGAAGCAGCCGCCCAAGGGACGCAAGCUUCUCAUACUCUGCACCUCGAGCCGACGGGAAGUGCUCGAGGAAAUGGAAAUGCUGUCGGCCUUCACUUCCGUGCUGCAUGUGCCCAAUCUGUCCAGUCCGGAGCAUGUUAUCGCCGUGCUCGAGGACACGGAUAUCUUUACCAAGAGCGAGCUUCAGACCGUGGCCAAGAAGAUGGCCGGCAAACGCGUCUUCAUUGGCAUCAAGAAACUUUUGGGCCUGAUCGAUAUGGCCAGGCAGACGGAGCCCUCGCAGCGCACCAUCAAGUUUCUAUCCAAAAUGGAGGAGGAGGGCGGCCUGGACAUGGUGGCGCGCAAAUAAGAUGUUAAGAAAGUGAAAGAGAAACUCAAGUAAAUCUCAAUUAUUAGCGUUUAAGUAAAGAGUAUGUCCGAUAUACGAGCGCGUUGUUAACAUAUAUAUAUAUAUUCUAUAUAUAUAAUAUAUAUAUUCGAAAAUAAUCCCCCCAUUAACCGACUUUGAAAACGCGUUAACUGCUUUGCAUUGUGUGUGUGUUGGUCCAGUCCAGUUUCCCCUUUUUCCCACGUUCCAUUUUCCGCAAAACGUUCCUUACCUAAAACCUAACCAAAGUGCAAACUUUUCCCCAAAAAUAUUUCCUGUGCUAUAACUGAAAGCACGUUCGAUCUGUAACAAACAGAAAUGUGAGACCUGUGACCUGAUUUGGCAUUGCGGCUGGUAUUACGAAAAAUAACAUAAUCCUAUAUAUAGAUAUAUACAUAUAUAUAUAUAUUAUUAAAAUCUAUGCUAAUCUCAACGAUAAACGAUUACGCGUAUAAAUAUUAUGCAUUCUAUUUGUUAGUAUAAUUUUUUUUUUACAUUUUUUUUCUCGUCAUAUUGUUAUUAACUGAAAAAAAAAACAACAACUUUUGUCUUGUUAGCCUUAAGAAUUCGUCGCGGAAUAGAACACCAAAGAGAUUUUUAGGAGAAUUAAAUCGAAAGAAACGUUGUUUAGCUUGCAAAGAGUUUAACAUAAUUACAUAAAAACAAUUACUCAAAAUAUAUUGUUAAUCACAAAUGUUAUGAAGCCUAAUAAAGCA